GUGCUGGAGACGGAGAUCGGGAACGGGGUCGGGGCGAAACUGUGGAACGCGGCGGUGACGCUGAGCGAACGAUUGGCGCGAACGCCGGAAAUCGUGCGAGGGAAACGAGUGCUGGAAGUCGGCGCGGGGGUGGGGAUGUGCGGGAUUCUGUGCGCGAAGCUCGGGGCGGCGUUCGUGACGCUGUCGGAUUUCGAGGACGCUUUGCUCGACGCGCUCGAUCGAAGCGUCGCCGAUAACGGCGUCGGCGACGCGUGCGUCGCGCGCGCCGUCGAUUGGACCAAAGAAGCCGAGCGUCUUCCGACGCCCGCGGCGAAUCCGCGGCACGUCAUGCCCGACGACGCCGUGUUCGACGUCAUCAUCGGUUCCGACGUCCUGUACGAGCGUCAACACGUCGCCGCGCUUCCAGCGUGCGUCGAUCGUCGACUCGCGCGCGACGGCGUCUGCUGGCUCGUCAACGCGUCUCGCUACGCCGACAUGUUCCGCGAUCUCUUGGCCGCGUUCGACGCGCGCGGGUUCGACGUCGACGUCAUCGAGGACGAUUUAGCGCUCCGUCGCGCCGACCGCGAAUCCGCGCGGGUGAAAUCUUGGCACGACGACGGCGAAAAAACGCUUCGAUGUCGCCGCCGCGCGUCGUCGCCCGCGCCGUAG